UUUACGGUAUAUUAUCUCGACAAUAUACUUAUCUUCUCUAAGACGAUAGACGAAUACCGGAAGUAUGUAAGAGUAGUGCUAGACGUGCUAUACGUAUAUAAACUAUUAGUUAAUAAGGAAAAGAGCGAAUUCUAUAUUAGGAAAACGGUGUUUCUAGGAUAUAAAAUAUCCCUAGGACAAAUCCGGAUAGAACCUUCAAAGGUUAAAGCUAUCAAGGAGUAG